GCCGCGGCGGCGUGCCCGGAGGCCCUGCCGGCCGGGCUGCUGGCGGCCUGCUGCGCGGUGCGCUCCGCCAGCCCGCGCCUCGACGCCGUGGAGAUCGUGGAGGCGACGGCGCCAGGGGAGCCCGAGAGCGCCGCGGCGGUGGCCUGGUUGGCUGCGCGCGCAGACGUCGUGGUGUGCCUGCUGGACUCGCAGCGGCAGCCCGCGGUCUCGAGCGAGCUGCUAGCGUGGCUCAAGGCGCACGCGCUCACCGAGGCCCGGGCCAAGGCCGAGGCCGCGGCGGGGCUCACGCAGUCCUCCGUGCAGUUCGUGCUGUCCAAGGCCGACCGGGUCCCCCGCGAGUCCGACCGCGUCCGGCUGGUGGCGAAGGCGUCGAAGCUGCUGGCCGAGCGCCUGGGCCGCGGCUUCGAGAUCCUGCCCGUGGCCGCGGGAGACCUGCUGGCGCUGCUCGAUGGCGUCGACGGGGGUGGAGGCCCCGGCGCUGGCGGAGUCGAGUCUCUGGAGGUGGACGGCUGCGUCUUCCAGCUGGCCGAGCCAAGCCAGGAGGCCCCAGGAGACGCCAAGAAGCUCGGGGCCGGGGCACUGCGGGCGCUGAGCGCGGCGCAGGCCUGCGCCGCGAGGCACGUCGGCGACGGCCUGGCCAACCUGCGCACCGACUGCGACGCGCUGUCCAGGGCGCUGGAGGCCGAGCUCGCGCGAGCCCGCGACCAGGUGAAGGCCGCCUCGGCCGCGCCCAUCCGCGCCUCCCUGCUCAAGGUCGCGGCGGCCAUGGUUAUCACGGCGGCGCUGCUGCCCUUCGUGCUGGAGGACGACAUCGAGCAGUGGGUGAAGCAGGCGUGCUCCGCGGGCGCCGGCGCCCUGGCCGUGCUGCUGGCGCUGCUGGCCCUGGUGCUCCCGGCGGGCGCCGCGGCCACGAAGGGCGGCGCGCCCUCCGCGCUCUCGCCGGAGGACGCGCGCUGCCGCGUGGGCGCGCUGCAGGAGAAGCAGCGCUUCCUCCGGCUGGCCGCUCGGCAGCACGCCCGCUGGGCGGGCGGCGCUCCGAGCGAGGCGGCCGCGGGCAGCGAGCUG